AAGAGCCCUGAUUUAAGGGCAAAACAUCCAGUUCUCACUUUUGAUGUGUCCUCCUAUCCUGAUGUCUUUUCUACUCUCAGAGGGCAGAAGGGCCUGUUUGAUGCUUGGAUUAACUUCUCUUUGCAGCUCUCUUUGAGGCAGACUCUUGGGGAAUCUGCUGCCAAUCACUUGAUGGUCACACCUACCCAUAUGAGACACUAUAAACAUGGUCGUUGUGAUCCUACAUACUCACUCACCAUGCACUCUCGUAACUUAGUAGGUGCCUUGGCAUCCCACGUUCAUCCAGAUAAUACAACUGAAUACACUACUGAUCUACUACGAUUGUUCCAUGUUGCACUUUUGGAGCAUAAGAGGCUCAUUAGAAACACCAAAAGUGGUCAAGGUGUUGGGCCACACCUUGCUGCCCUGCGACAGUCUUUGCCAUCUGACAAUCCAUUGAGGAAGUUCCUGAACCCCUUUGGAUGUCCUUCUGUGUACCUCACUGGUACAGAUCUGAUGGAGAGUGUGGAGUGUGGAGUAGGGAAUGUAUAUGCCCAAGAUCAGUUAGCGGUAACAUACCUUGGGAAGAAAGACAAGGUUCGCAUUGUGCUUAAUGGGAAAGGCAGCUUUGCUCUAGCACUGGAGAAGCUUCAAGAAAACUUUAAGAUCACCUUGAAAUCAGUUCUGCAGCUAGCUGUUAGAUAUGCCAUUGCAAAUGAAAUGGGAGCCCUGGAAUGUCUGCUACAACAGGGUCAAAAUAACAAAAUAAAAGGAGAAAAGUCAAACUGCCCUGACAUUCCAGAUAAUGGCAAAAGUAAUGUUUGCACUUCCUCUGGCAUGAGCCCAGACUACACAUUGGUAAUUCAUGGUGGUGCUGGAGAGGAGAUAAUGCUGAACACUCAAGUGACGGGGAUUAUUGAAUUUGCUCUACAAACAGCCUUAACACUCGGGUCCCAAGUACUUCAACAAGGUGGUAAAAGUCUGGAUGCAGUUCAGAGAUCAGUGGAAGCUUUGGAGGACUGCUUCCUUUUCAAUGCAGGUAAAGGUUCAGUAUUUAACAAAGAUGGCAAAAAUGAAAUGGAAGCCACUAUUAUAGAUGGCAGUUCAAAGAGGUCAGGAUCUGUUGCUUGUGUGCAAAGUGUAAAAAACCCAAUAAAAGCAGCAAGGUGUGUCAUGGAGGAGAGCUCCCAUUCACUUAUUGUGGGAGAUGGGGCUGAAGAGUUUCUGCAAGGAUUAGAAAAGAAGGAGAAGCCUGUUGUCCCUGAGUAUUUCUACACUGAUAUACGUCACAGAGAGUUAAUUGCAAACCUCAGUGGUAGAGCUAAAUCAAUAAACAAUCACCCUCAGACAGUUGGAGCUGUGGCAUUGGAUUGUUGGAAUGGGUUAGCUGCUGCGUCCUCCACAGGUGGGUUGGUAGGAAAACUGAAAGGAAGAGUUGGGGAUACAGCAAUAGUAGGGGCAGGAAUUUAUGCUGAUGACAAGAUAGCUCUUACUUGCUCUGGAGAUGGAGAUGUUUUUCUCAGGAACACAGUUGCACAAAAAAUUGCCAGUCUAUACCAUAACGAAAGCUAUGGACUUAGACAGGCAUGUAGAGAGGUAAUGACUGAACAUUUGAAUGGGAUCUGUGCAGGAAUAAUCUCUGUCAACACUAAAGGCGAUGCCAUCGUUGAAGCAAAUGCUGGCGUGUUUUUUGUGGCAUCAAAUAUUAAUGGCAUUUCACGUGUAGAGGUCCUCAGGCCCCUUAAGAGCUUCUCUAAUGUGAUCUGGGAAACAGAUGAGCUGGUUGCCUACCUGAAUCCCAGUCCCUGGAUCCCUGGCUCCACCAUUUUGACAAGAAAAACUCAUAAUGGGAAAGGUAGCAUCUUCCAUUUUGACAUGUCAGAUUUCAUUGCUAUGUUUCAAGGAGCAAGAGCUGUGUCAGAUCUGCUAUGUAAGCAACUAGGUGUCCAGCGUUGUGCCUUGGUUUUUAAUCCAACCCCUGAUCAGCCAUCACAGAUCAUACUGCUCCCACUUCAUGGCUUAAAACCAAAGUGGCAGCCCCAUCUUGCUGCUGAAGAGGAAUUUCACGCUUCCAAUCCUGGUUACUGCACUUCAAAAAGUGGCCCACGCUGGAAUGAUGAAGCACUGGCUCAAAUUCAAGCCCAGAUUAGAAAUGCACUGCCAAAACCAAAUGCACCUUUUUGUUUUGACUUUUUUGGGAAACCUUCUGAUGAUGACUUGUUUAGCCGUAUUGUGCGUGGAGAGCAGCAACAGUGGAGAGUAUGGGAAGACAGUGAGCAUGUUGCUUUCCUAACACCAUACCCUAAUAGUCCUGGACUAACCAUUGUGGUGCCACGAAAGCCACUGUGCAGUGACAUCUUUAAACUGGAUGCACCUGACUACAAAGCACUGAUCUUAGCCACUUACAAAGUUGCCCAAUUACUGGAAGAGGGGAUGAAAACUCCAAGUGUUGCACUAAUCUUUGAAGGCUUUGAGAUUGACUAUGCUCAUGCCAAGCUGAUCCCUUUGUUACCUUCAGCAGACGGCACGAAACCUGAUGAGCUGCAAUAUGAAUGCUUCCAAAGCUAUCCUGGAUAUGUGUCAUCACUGGAUGGUCCAGUUGCUGCUAUUGAAGCCCUCAAAAGCAUCCACUCAAAAAUUACACAGUGCAGGCCCCCUCAUUCGUGGGAAGAUCCUCAGUCUCACUCCAGUCUUGCCAUCAAGAGCCAGUGGUAUCGCAACCUGUUCCAAAUUCAAAACACACUCUUCCAUUGCACAGUGGAAUAUUUCCACAAUUUCUGUCAAUACUCCUAUGCUUUGACCCCUCUCACCACAGACACCAUCUCCUCACCAAUGGGCCUGGGAUCUGACUCAGAGCCAGUUUCUGUUAACCUGUUGGGCCAGAAUGUCUACCUGGCUGACUCAAUGCAAUUUGUGCUUGAAUACUUUCUUCGCUUCCAGGAUAACCUACCAGGGACCUACUACAUAUCUCCCAGCUUUAGAGGAGAAGAUCCUGACGCCACACACUUGAACCAGUUCUACCACGUGGAGUGUGAAUUGUUGGGUGACAUGGACAAUGCCAUUUCCAUAGCAGAGGGAUACCUGGUUCAUCUCACCAAGUCCAUGCUGAAGAGACACUCAGAUAUUAUUCUGAAUACUGCUGGGACCCUUACACAUGCCACAGCUAUGCUGAGUAAGCUGGAUGGAAAAAUAGCACUACCCAGAAUCCCUCUCGACCAGGCCAUUCCAAUGAUGCCCUCUGCUGACUGCUUAGAGUGGGUACAAGAUGGCCAGCCCCAUUUGGGCAGAAAACUGACUCGCAAAGGAGAGCGGAUUUUGAUAGAAAAAUUUGGUGGCGCUGUGUGGCUGACCGAGAUGGACCAUCUAGGAGUUCCCUUCUACCAGGCAUACGUGAAGGGCACUGGACGGUGCAAAGCCAAAGCUGCUGACCUUUUGCUGGGGCUGGGUGAGACUGUGGGUCUUGGUGAACGCCAUUCAACCCCUGAAGUGGUACAAGAUGCCCUCAGGCAUCAUGCAGUGCCAGAGCAGUCCUACAAAUGGUACAUUAAAAUGCGACAAGUGAAACCACUUCUCACUAGUGGAUGGGGUAUGGGGACGGAACGUUACUUGUGUUGGUUACUUCAGCAUGAUGACAUCAGAGAUAUGCAUAUCAUACCAAGGAUGAAAGGAAUGAAGUACAUGCCUUGAUCAUAGGUCCUCCAAAGAGUUUCAGGCCACAAGAGGUGAUACAUUGUCAACAAUGAGACCCUAAACCCUAAAAUGCCUCAAUCAUCCCUUAAGUGGAACUUAGAUUCAGAUCUGAGUUUCAUUUAAUAUUUCAUCCUGUGCCAGGGGCUUAAAUAAAUUUGUUGCAGCGUUUACAUCCACUUGCCUAUUGAAAGCCUCAAAUGUUUUAAAAUUGCAACACAAAAGAUGAAAUCAUUUAAAUAUUAAGAAUGUUAAAUGUAAAUAAAAGUUAUUCUUGAAAUGUGUGCAUGUUACUCAAAGAAUCUGUUUAGCUCCUGGUGUGAGAGUUCUUGUAUCAAUGCAACUCAAAAAUAAAAAUACAUGACAAUUGUGAUGCAGAUCCAAACUAUGUUUUAAGACUGACUACUACUGUAAACAAAAUAAUUAUUUACAGGGCAUAAAUUGUAGUAAGUAAAUUGUAAUGAAAUGAUACAUUGUCUAAAAGCUUAAAAAAAUAUUAAUUUAAGUCAUAACUAUUCCACAAAUGUUGUAUUUAGUUAUGUAAGCAAUUUCUUAAUAUUCCUCUUCAAUAUUGUGGUUUUUCAUACCAAAUUAUUAUUGUCUGUAAAAGAUUAUUGUUAAAGCCAUGUGGAUCAUGUACCAUUUGUUUUGACUAAGUAAAAACAAGUACAUUUUUAAAACGAAUAUCAGAUACUAAAUAAAUAUCAGUCACAGUUCUGGAUUAA